AAAAGGUACAACAGGUUACCAAGGGCCGACUGGUGCAACUGGUAGAACGGGUAACACAGGUCCACAGGGGCAAAAAGGUCAAAAGGGUGAACCAGGGAACACUGCAGACAGUUGCCAAUGGACACCUUGGUCGCCAUGGAGUAUUGGUCGUUGUUCUAGAACUUGUGGUAAUAGAACACGCCUGGAUACAAGAACGAGAAGAUACACUCAUUGUGUAUCUGGUGCAGCUACAGAAAGACGUACCAUGGCGUGUUUUAUAAAACCAUGUACGUACUGUGAGUGGAGCAAUUGGGGACCUUGGGUUAUUUUCGAACGAUGUAAUCCUAUCAGCUGUCAUAAGCCUGCACAUAGAGAACGUAUUGAACUAUCCAAAACGUCUGGCAGCUCAACUAAAUGCGCAGGUUCUUCGAUUGAAACUAAGGGUGUUAAUUGUGAUGAUUCUAGGUACUGUUACAAAAAAUAGAAUUGUAUUAACCAUUAUGGUUUUGACAAAGUAAAAAAUACACGAUAUAUCAAUUAG